AAAAAUCAAAAUGUUAAUUUCUAGAGAUAAAAACUGUCAUGUUUGCGAAAACAAAAUAACGGUAAUGCGUGCAUAUUCUAACAGAUAGGUAACGGUUCACAUUAUUAUAUGGAAAAGUAUUAUAAAAUAUAGUUUUUAAUUUUAAUGGUGUGAUAAUAAAAUAGUAUUUGAAAACAAUGAAUAUAAAAAAAAUGCUACCGAUUGCAACAAAAGAUUUAGAAACUAAGGAUGGUGAUAGCAGAGGCACAAUUAAGGUUAUAGACCGUCCAACAUUCAUAUUGAAAACGAGAGAAGGCGAGAACAGAGCUGUGUCACCGAAUCAACGCAAUGGUGGUAACAAGUACGGAUAGUUCCUUGUUUAAAAAUAUAUGUAAAGCUAUGUUUAAAUUUUUAAUCGUUAUUAAAUAUUUUAUUAAAUUGCAGGAAACAGAGUGAUACAUAUUCCAACGUUUCAUCAAAGAUACAGGAUCGUAUGUUCUUUACUCUCUUCUAAACUUUAAAUCUGGAUUCUUAAUACAAUAAUAAACUUAAUAGAUAUGUUUUCUUUAGCAAUCCGUACUGUAUUGUCAACAUGUCCUGAAAUGACAAGUUGUGUAAAAUUUAUGGAUGAAAAUAUGCAGCUCUGUGAGAGUCCUCUUGAAUUCCUAUAUGAUCAACAGGAUUUUUUAGUAGUAGGAUGCUUAGGGGCUCAAGGUGUUGGAAAAUCAACUAUAAUGUCCUUUCUAACAUCUAAUAUUGCGUCUGGCAUAUUUCCAACUCAAGAUACAACGCAUCACGAAAGUGGUGCAAAUUGCACUAUUGGUAUUGACUUUUUCGUAACAAAAAAUCGAGUAAUAUAUUUGGAUACACAACCCAUACUCUCAGGAUCUACUAUAGAUUACUCUACAUGUUAUGAUCAAAAAAAGUCUACAACAGAUUUUAUAAAUACAGAAACUAAUUUAGAGCUGCAAUCUUUACAGUUUGCAGCAUUUCUGUUUUCAGUUUGUCACAUUAUCAUAUUCGUACAAGAUUGGUUUGUUGAUCCAAAUUUAGUUAGAUUUUUACAAACUGCGGAAAUGUUAAAACCAUCCUCGACUAGCAAUAUGGAUCAAGAUUAUGUUGAAUACUAUCCUCAUAUUGUAUUCUUACACAAUAAAGCUGAAUUACAAGAUCUCACGCCUCACAGUAUGGAAAAUGUGAAGGAAUUUUAUGGCAAAUUAUUCUCCAGUUCUAGAUUACAAAUCCAUAGUGGUUUGGAUAUGAGUAAUCAUUCUAUGGAGGCAGGCUUAAAUUUAUUUUUUAUACCUCGUAUUGUAAACGAAGAAGAAGUUACAAUACACCAGAAUGAGAAAAAACUAAUAGAAAAACUGAAGACAAAGAUACAUGGUGUUACCAGGAAUCCAAUGACACCAUCUACUUUAACAGAAAAAGAUUGGUAUCACUAUGUUUCAAGAGUGAUGGAAGCAAUUAAAAAAAGUCACCUUUCCUCCGAAUAUGGGAGAUUAAUGCCAUAAUCUUCAAGUAUAGUACAUAUGCGCCGAAUGAGUUGUGUAUGAAGCUAUGUGCUACAACUAUAUGAAACAAAAGAUCGAAAUGAAGAUUGUUCAUCACAAUUGACCCAUUUUGUAUAUAAAAGGGUCAUCAUUUUUUAUUGUUAUUUAUUUAUAACACAAUCGCAGAAGCAAGAAAGCAAUGAUUUUUUACCUUUACCCAAGUUAUGUAUAAAUAAUAAUAUGUAAAAGAUGAAUAAAUCAAAGAAAGAUUAGAGCAA